AUGGCCUUGGCGGAAUUUUUUCAAAAAGAAAUAGGACUUUACCCGAUCACUUUGGAAGAUCUUGAAGAAAAAAAAAUUAUAAAGAAGAAUGUAUGUUUAUGUAACGAAUCUGAAUCUCUUGCAAUGAAUAUGAGGAAACUAUUAAAAACAGGAGCUUUGCACAAUUCCGGUUGGAUUUUAGUUGACGUGCCUAGAACGAAGAAAGAAGCUCGAGCUUUUCAACGGCUUGGCAUAAUACCCACACAUAUUUUUCAAAUUAUGUCAAAUGAUACAAAGGAAUUUACAAAGACGAUUUCUAAUGACUAUCUUGGUAAUAAUGAUAAUAAAAAAGUGAAAAUGCAAAAGUAUAAAAAGAAUCUUCGUGAACUACGGGAAGCUUAUGCUAAUUGUUUAAUUGAGAUCGAAAUCGGAAUUAGAUCAAUCGAAGAAUUAGGAAAAGAUUGCAUAGCAUUAACGAAAAUAAAAAAACAUUCUGGAGCACCUUCUCUUUUUCGAAUUGUUCUAAUUGGAUCUCGAGGUUCAGGAUGUCGUACUGUAGCCAAAUAUCUUACGAAAAGAUUCGAUCUUAUACACGUGGACUUUAAUUACAUUUUGAAACAAGUACGUCUCCAAGAAACACCUAUAGGCGAAGUAUUACGAUCAUUUGAACAUAGAUGGGAAGGAAAACCAAAGCCUGAAAUGAGAAUAAAAAUAAUUGAUAACUAUAUAAAUAAACCUGAAUGUGCAAAUAAAGGAUGGGUUCUAACGAGUUAUCCAAUUACCGUAGAAGAUUUUGAACUCUUGGAUAUGAUGGAUACACCACCAAAUAAAGUAAUUUUUAUCGAAGUUAGUGCAGAAAUACGUAAAGAGAGACUUUUAAAUCGCCGAUACAAUAUUAUCACUGGAAGUAAGCAUAAUAUUUGUUCGAACGAUAAUAACAACAAAAGCUAUGACUGUGAGUUAGGUCUACACCCUAACGAUUAUAUUAAUGUCGUCACAGAAGAAAUAUCUCAAUACGAUAAUAACGUCGAAGAAAUGUUGAAAUAUGCCGGAGAAUCUGCUUUUAUAAUCGAUGGAAGUGCCGAUGAAAGAUCAGUAAGAGAAAGUGUGGAGGGUUGUUUGAUGCAAUCCAAGAUAUAUAGUGAACCUAGAAAACCAAGGCAAAAAGCAAUGAUUGAUCCAUAUGACGUAGAAUAUGAUCCGGAAGAUGAACCUGAUAUAAGUAUUUUUGAUACGAUAAUGCCACCUGAAUUUAAAUAUACUUUUAUAUAA